AACUUGGUACCUGCCAGUAUUUCCUGUCUCCAGAGCCAACAAGCCCGAUAAAAUCAGAGUAGUGUGGGAUGCUGCAGCAGAAUUCCGUGGAGCAUCUCUAAACUCUAUGCUUCUUACCGGUCCUGACCUCCUGACACCACUCAUCGUCGUACUACGCAGAUUUCGAGAGUACAAGAUAGCUGUCGCUGCCGACAUUUCCGAGAUGUAUCAUCAAGUACGCGUCAGUCCCAACGAUCAUGAUAGUCAGAGAUUUUUAUGGAGGUGGAACAAGGAUGAAACCGAUCCGAAGGAAUACGUAAUGAAACGAAUGACAUUCGGCGCCGCUUGCUCACCUAGCUGUGCUCAAUUUGUAAAAAAACUUGAACGCUGAACGGUUUCAAGAAAGGCUUCCGAUUGCAGCACGUUGUAUCAAGGAAGACCACUACGUAGACGACAUGCUGACGAGCCAAGAGGAGAUAUGUGAUGCGAUUAAGCUUGCCAAAGACGUCUUAUACGUCCACGAACAAGGAGGUUUCCCGCUGCACAACUGGAUAUCAAACUGUGAAGAAUUACGUCGAGCAAUUGGUACUACGUCUAGCGAACAACAGAAAAAUCUCAACCUUGAACCGACUGUGACCACUCAGAAGGUCCUCGGUAUGUGGUGGGAUGCAGAACUAGAUGUCUUUCGCUUCAAAAUCCCUCCGCGUAAUGAAGACUUAUUGCUGGGAACCACUAUUCCAACCAAGCGUCAGAUCCUAAGUAACAUUGCAAGAGACCUGGAGGAUGAAUGUUGGAUGGGACGACGAGGUUCCCCAAUCCAUCUAUGAGAUGUGGAGUCAAUGGCUUGCACAUAUUCCAACCCUCCAAAGCAUUUCGAUACCACGCUGCUAUCGCAAAUCUGUGACAAUAACUGAAUGCAAAAUACAACUGCACGUAUUCGUCGACGCUGGUAAGGACGGCUAUACUGCUGUCGCAUACUUCCGGUUUGAGACCAACGACCACGUUGAGGUCGCACUAAUAGGGGGAAAGACACGCGUCGCUCCAUUGAAGUAUAUUUCAGUACCUUGGUUAGA